AUGCCCGACGCUUUCCCCGACGACACUAUCCUGCCCCCCGCGCCCGAGGCCGUCGUCGACGCUCUCAACUCCCUCGUCUCCUCCGGCUACCUCAACUAUGACCACACCGCGGUCCACAACCGUGCAGGCGCGCUUUUCGCCCGUCUGAAAGCUCUCAACCGCGCCGCCAAUGCCGCCACGCGCACUCACAAGCAGGCCACCGCCGAUGCCAGACACGACAUGGACCAGACUUACCUAGGGCUGCAGAACCUGCUCUAUGAGAAAAGACACCUCGAGCGCGAGAUCGAGAAGUGUCAGCAGUUCGCUUCUGUAUACCAGGAUAUCCCACUGUACUCCGUCGAGGAGUUUAUCCGACUCGCUCCCGAGCAUGCCAAAACGGAAAGGGUCCUGAAUGACGAGCACGAACUGAUGCUGAAUCGCCUCAGUUUCGAACUAGCCGAGCGCCAGAGACUGGAUCAGAAACAGAAAGAACUCGUCAAGCAGAAGGAGGAGCUCUUGAAGGAGAGCAAGGUCCAGCUCGCCACUAUGGACAACGUGAAGGUGCAGAUUGACACGCUCAUCAAGACCGCGACAGAAGUCCAGAAGAAGGUUGGCGAGUUGGUGCAGUCCGUCCCAGCCCAGGGUGCCAGCUAG